AUGGCGGAGAUGUUGUGUGUGCAAUUUCCACUACUGUUCCUGGGUAAAAACGAAGUAGAUGCAGAUAAGAAGACAGCCCUAUACGACGCCCUGGGACUCCUUGAAAAAUUGCUGCAGCCGACGGGCUGGGUGGCUGGAGAGGGCGCCACCGUCGCCAACAUCGCCUGCGCCGCCACGGCUUCCAGCAUUCUGGAAAGCGGCGUAGAUUUCACUGCGUUUCCGAGGACUCGGAGCUGGCUGGAGCGCUGCAGCCGCGACAUUCCUGGCUUCGAGGCAGCUAACGCCGAGGGGGCGAAGCAGCUCGGCCAAGUUAUCAGCAGCCGGCUUCCGCAAAACGCUCUGGCUCUCUGA